GAUUUGUGCAUCUGGUUGGAGGACACGGACCUUGCUCUGGGAGAGUGGAAGUGAAUUCUGGAGGAGAGUGGAUUCCAGUAUCUGAUGGGAAUUUCACAUUACCCACAGCCCAGGUCAUCUGUGCAGAGCUGGGGUGUGGCAAGGCUGCAUCUGUCCUGGGGAACAUGCCCUUCAGAGAGGACAGUGAACAGGUCUGGGCUGAAGAGUUCCAGUGUGAGGGGCAGGAGCCUAGCCUCUGGUUCUGCCCCAGAGUGCCCUGUCCUGUAGGCAGUUGCCCCCACAAAGGAGCUGUGCAUGUUGUCUGCUCAGGAUAUACAGAUGUUCGGCUCAUGAAAAAUGGCAGCUCUCAGUGUGAGGGUCAAGUGGAGAUGAAGACCUCUGGAGGCUGGAGAACACUCUGUGCCUCCCACUGGAAUAUGGCCAAUGCCAAUGUUGUCUGCCGUCAGCUGGGCUGUGGAGUUGCCAUCACCACCCCAAAGGGAGCAUACUUUGUGGAAAGAGGAGAUGAGAUCUGGAGAGACCAAUUCCACUGCUCAGGGUCUGAGUCCUUCUUGUGGAAUUGCCCUGUGACUGCCCUGGGCGUUCCUGCCUGUGCCCAUGGAAACACAGCCUCUGUGGUCUGCUCAGGAAGCCAGACCCAGAUGCUACCCCAGUGCAAUGACUCCUGGUCAGACCCAGCAGGCUCUGCAGCCUCAGAGGGCCAYACUGCCAACUGCUCAGACAGCAGACAGCUCCGUCUAGUGGAUGGAGGCAGUCAUUGUGCAGGGAGAGUGGGGAUCCUGCAGCAAGGCUCCUGGGGCUCCAUCUGUGAUGACAGCUGGGACCUGAGUGAUGCCCAUGUGGUGUGCAGACAGCUGGGCUGUGGAGUGGCCCUGGAGGCCACCAUCUCUGCUCACUUUGGAGAGGGAUCAGGGCCCAUCUUGCUGGAUGAAGUGAACUGCACAGGAGAGGAGGCCCAUGUGUGGCAGUGCCCUUCCCAGGGCUGGGAGCACAACUGCAGUCACAAGAAGGAUGCUGGGGUCAUCUGCUCAGACUUCCUGGCUCUCAGGCUGGUGAGCAAGGACCAGGAGUGUGCUGGGUGGCUGGAGAUUUUCUACAACAACACCUGGGGCAGUAUAUGCCAAAGCCCCGUGGAACCUGUGACCUUGUCCAUGAUCUGCAGACAGCUUGGCUGUGGGGAUGCUGGGACUCUGGAUUUCUUGGUACCUUCGAGGGAAAGUUCUAGACCCCGCUGGGUGGAUGGAAUUCACUGUCGAAAAACUGACACCUCUCUCUGGCAGUGUCCUUCUGACCCCUGGAAACAUCAAUCUUGCUCACCAAAGGAGGAAGCUCAUAUCACAUGUACAGAGAGCCCACAGCUCCGCCUGGUGGAUGGUGGCAGUCGGUGUGCAGGCAGAGUGGAGAUCAUUCACCAGCAUUCCUGGGGCACUGUCUGUGGUGACAGCUGGGACCUGAAAGAUGCCCACGUGGUGUGCAGACAACUGGGUUGUGGAGUGGCCUUCAAUGCCUUGCUGUAUGCACAAUUUGGAGAGGGAUCUGGACCCAUCUGGCUGACAAGACUGGCAUGCACAGGAGAGGAGGAAUACUUGUGGAAUUGCCCUGCCCUGGGCUUGGGAAAGAAUAAUUGUGGGCACUAUAAGGAUGCAGGAGUCAUCUGCUCAGGAUUUGUGCAUCUGGUUGGAGGACUCGGACCUUGCUCUGGGAGAGUGGAAGUGAAUUCUGGAGGACAGUGGAUUCCAGUAUCUGAUGGGAAUUUCACAUUACCCACAGCCCAGGUCAUCUGUGCAGAGCUUGGUUGUGGCAAGGCUGCAUCUGUCCUGGGGAACCUGCCCCUCAGAGAGGACAGUGAACAGGUCUGGGCUGAAGAGUUCCAGUGUGAGGGGCAGGAGCCUGGCCUCUGGUUCUGCCCCAGAGUGCCUUGUCUUGUAGGCAGCUGCUCCCACAGAGGGGCUGUGAAAGUUGUCUGCUCAGGAUAUACAGAUGUUCGGCUCAUGAAAAAUGGGAGCUCUCAGUGUGAAGGUCAAGUGGAGAUGAAGACCUCUGGAGGCUGGAGAACACUCUGUGCCUCCCACUGGAAUAUGGCCAAUGCCAAUGUUGUCUGCCGUCAGCUGGGCUGUGGAGUCGCCAUCUCCACCCCAAAGGGAGCAUACUUUGUGGAACGAGGAGAUGAGAUCUGGAGAGACCGAUUCCACUGCUCAGGAUCUGAGUCCUUCCUGUGGAAUUGCCCUGUGACUGCCCUGGGUGUUCCUGCCUGUGCCCAUGGAAACACAGCCUCUGUGGUCUACUCAGGAAACCAGACCCAGCUGCUGCCCCCAUGCAAUGACUCCUGGUCUGACCCAGUAGGCUCUGCAGCCUCAGAGGGCCACACUGCCAACUGUUCAGACAGCAGACAGCUCCGCCUGGUGGAUGGGGACAGUCACUGUGCAGGGAGAGUGGAGAUCCUGCAGCAGGGCUCCUGGGGCUCCAUCUGUGAUGACAACUGGGACCUGAAUGAUGCCCACGUUGUGUGCAGACAGCUGGGUUGUGGAGUGGCCCUGGAGGCCACCAUCUCUGCUCACUUUGGAGAGGGAUCAGGGCCCAUCUGGCUGGAUGUGGUAAACUGCACAGGAGAGGAGGCCCAUGUGUGGCAGUGCCCUUCCCAGGGCUGGGGACAACACAACUGCAGUCACAAGGAGGAUGCUGGGGUCAUCUGCUCAGAGUUCCUGGCCCUCAGGCUGGUGAGCCAGGACCAGGAGUGUUCUGGGUGGCUGGAGGUUUUCUACAACAACACCUGGGGCAGUAUCUGCCACAGCCCCAUGGAACCCAUGACCUUGUCCAUAAUCUGCAGACAGCUUGGCUGUGGGGACACUAGGACUCUGGAUUUCUGGGUUCCUUCUAGAGAAGGUUCUAGACCCCGCUGGGUGGAUGGAAUUCGCUGUCGGGAGACUGAUACCUCUCUCUGGCAGUGUCCUUCUGACCCUUGGAGAUACCAAUCUUGCUCUUCAGAGGAGGAAGCUCAUAUCACAUGUACAGGUAACCAGGGUGGGAAGACUUGUCCUGGAGCAGCUCCUUGUCCAAAGAGCCCACAGCUCCGCCUGGUGAAUGGUAGCAGUCGCUGUGCAGGCAGAGUGGAGAUCCUUCACCAGCAUUCCUGGGGCACUGUCUCUCAUGACAGCUGGGACCUGAACGAUGCCCGCGUGGUGUGCAGACAGCUGGGCUGUGGAGAAGCCAUCAAUGCCUUGCUCUAUGCACAAUUUGGAGAGGGAUCGGGGCCCAUCUGGCUGACAGAGCUGGCGUGCACAGGAGAGGAGGAUUACUUGUGGAAUUGCCCUUCCCUGGGCUGGGGAAAGAAUAAUUGUGAGCACUUUGAAGAUGCAGGAGUCAUCUGCUCAGGAUUUUUGCAUCUGGUUGGAGGACAUGGACCUUGCUCUGGGCGAGUGGAAGUAAAUUCUGGAGAAGGAUGGAUUCCAGUAUCUGAUGGGAAUUUCACAUUACCCACAGCCCAGGUCAUCUGUGCAGAGCUGGGGUGUGGCAAGGCUGCAUCUGUCCUGGGGAACAUGCCCUUCAGAGAGGACAGUGAACAGGUCUGGGCUGAAGAGUUCCAGUGUGAGGGGCAGGAGCCUAGCCUCUGGUUCUGCCCCAGAGUGCCCUGUCCUGUAGGCAGUUGCCCCCACAAAGGAGCUGUGCAUGUUGUCUGCUCAGGAUAUACAGAUGUUCGGCUCAUGAAAAAUGGCAGCUCUCAGUGUGAGGGUCAAGUGGAGAUGAAGACCUCUGGAGGCUGGAGAACACUCUGUGCCUCCCACUGGAAUAUGGCCAAUGCCAAUUUUAAUUCUGUUUAUUGCUCUCUACUCCCAUCUGUAGGAAACCAGACCCAGCUGCUACCCCAGUGCAAUGACUCUUGGUCUGACCUAGCAGGUUCUGCAGCCUGGGAGGGCCACUCUGCCAACUGUUCAGACUGCAGACAGCUCCGCCUGGUGGAUGGGGGAUGUCCUUGUGCAGGGAGAGUGGAGAUCCUGCAGCAGGGCUCCUGGGGCUCCAUCUGUGAUGACAGCUGGGACCUGAGUGAUGCCCAUGUGGUGUGCAGACAGCUGGGCUGUGGAGUGGCCCUGGAGGCCACCGUCUCUGCUCACUUUGGAGAGGGAUCAGGGCCCAUCUGGCUGGAUGAGCUGAACUGCACAGGAGAGGAGACCCAUGUGUGGCAGUGCCCUUCCCAGGGCUGGGGGCAGCACAACUGCAGUCACAAGGAGGAUGCUGGGGUCAUCUGCUCAGAGUUCCUGGCCCUCAGGCUGGUGAGCCAGGACCAGGAGUGUUCUGGGUGGCUGGAGGUUUUCUACAACAACACCUGGGGCAGUAUCUGCCACAGCCACAUGGAACCCAGGACCUUAUCCAUGAUCUGUAGACAGCUUGGCUGUGGGGACACUGGGACUCUGAAUUUCUUGGUUCCUCCCAGGGAAGGUUCUAGACCCCGCUGGAUAGAUGGAAUCCGCUGUCGAGAAACUGAUAGCUCUCUCUGGCAGUGUCCUUCUGACCCCUGGAAACACCAAUCUUGCUCUUCAAAGGAGGUAGCUCAUAUCACGUGUACAGAGACUCCAAAGCUCCGCCUGGUGGACAGUGGCAGUCGCUGUGCAGGCAGAGUGGAGAUUCUUCACCAACAUUCUUGGGGCACUGUCUGUGACCACAGCUGGGACCUGAAUGAUGCUCACGUGGUGUGCAGACAAAUGGGCUGUGGAGUGGCCCUCCAUACUAUACUUUUUUCACAAUUUGGGAAGGGAUCAGGGCCCAUCUGGCUGGAGGACCUGAAGUGCACAGGAGAGGAGGACCAAGUGUGGAAGUGCCCUUCUCUAGGCUGGGGGCAACACGAUUGCACACACAAGUGGGAUGCAGGUGUCAUCUGCUCAGGAUUUGUGCGUUUGGAUGGAGGAGAUGGACCCUGCUCUGGACGAGUGGAAGUGAAUUCUGGAGGAGGAUGGACUCCAGUAUCUUAUGGGAAUUUCACAUUGCCCACUGCCCAGGUCAUCUGUGCAGAGCUGGGGUGUGGCAAGGCAGCAUCUUUUCUCUUGGACCUGACCCUGAGAGACGCCAGUGAACAGAUCUGGCCUGAAGAGUUCCAGUGUAAGGGAUGGGAGUCUGAGCUCUGGUUCUGCCCCAGAGUGCCCUGUCCUGCAGGCAGCUGCCAACACAGAGGGGCUGUGCAAGUUGUCUGCUCAGAGUACAUAGAAGUCAGGCUCAUGAAAAAUGGCAGCUCUCAGUGUGAGGGUCAAGUGGAGAUGAAGACCUCUGGAGGCUGGAGAACACUCUGUGCCUCCCACUGGAAUAUGGCCAAUGCCAAUGUAGUUUGCCGUCAGCUGGGCUGUGGAGUUGCCAUCUCCACCCCAAAGGGAGCAUAUUUUGUUGAAGGAGGAGAUGAGAUCUGGAUAGACCGAUUUCACUGCUCAGGGUCUGUGUCCUUCCUGUGGAAUUGCCCUGUGACUGCCCUGGGCGUUCCUGCCUGUGCCCAUGGAAACACAGCCUCUGUGGUCUGCUCAGGUAACCAGACCCAGCUGCUGCCCCAGUGCAAUGACUCCUGGCCUGAGCCAGCAGGCACUGUAGCCUCAGAAAGCCACACUGUCAACUGCUUAGAUGACAAAGAGCUCCGUCUGGUGGACGGGGGUAGUCGCUGUGCAGGGAGAGUGGAGAUCCUGCAGCAGGGCUCCUGGGGCUCCAUCUGUGAUGACAGCUGGGACCUGAGUGAUGCCCAUGUGGUGUGCAGACAGCUGGGCUGUGGAGUGGCCCUGGAGGCCACCGUCUCUGCUCACUUUGGAGAGGGAUCAGGGCCCAUCUGGCUGGAUGAGGUGAACUGCACAGGAGAGGAGACCCAUGUGUGGCAGUGCCCUUUCAAGGGCUGGGGGCAACACAACUGCAGUCACAAGGAGGAUGCUGGAGUCAUCUGCUCAUAGUUCCUGGCCCUCAGGCUGGUGAGCGAGGACCAGGAGUGUGCUGGAUGGCUGGAGAUUUUCUACAACAACACCUGGGGCAGUGUAUGCCGCAGCCCCAUGGAACCCGUGACCUUGUCUGUGAUCUGCAGACAGCUUGGCUGUGGAAACAUUGGGACACAGAAUUUCUUGAUUCCUUCCAGGGAAGGUACUAGGCCACACUGGGUGGAUGGAAUUCGCUGUCGAAAAACUGAUAGCUCUCUCUAGCAUUGUCCUUCUGACCCGUGGAAACACCAAUCUUGCUCUGCAAAGGAGGAAGCUCAUAUCACGUGUACAGAGAGCCCACAGCUCCGCCUGGUGGAUGGUGGCAGUCGGUGUGCAGGCAGAGUGGAGAUCCUUCACCAGCAUUCCUGGAGCACUGUCUGUGAUAACAGCUGGGAUCUGAAAGAUGCUCAAGUGGUGUGCAGACAGCUGGGCUGUGGAAUGGCCUUCAAUGCCUUGUUCUAUGCACAAUUUGGAGAGGGAUCUGGACCCAUCUGGCUGACAAAGAUGGAGUGCACAGGAGAGGAGUCCUACUUGUGGAAUUGCCCUGCCCUGGGCUUGGGAAAGAACAACUGUGAGCACUAUGAUGAUGCAGGAGUCAUCUGCUCAGGAUUUGUGCAUCUGGUUGGAGGACAAGGACCCUGCUCUGGGCAAGUGGAAGUGAAUUCUGGAGAAGGAUGGAUUCCAGUAUCUGAUGGGAAUUUCACAUUAGCCACAGCCCAGGUCGUUUGUGCAGAGCUUGGUUGUGGCAAGCCUGCAUCUGUCCUGGGGAACCUGCCCUUCAGAGGGGACAGUGAACAGGUCUGGGCUGAAGAGUUCCAGUGUGAGGGGCAAGAGACUGGCCUCUGGUUCUGCCCCAGAGUGCCCUGUCCUGCAGGGAGCUGCCCCCACAGAGGGGCUGUGCAAGUUGUCUGCUCAGGAUAUACAUAUGUUCGACUCAUGAAAAAUGGCAGCUCUCAGUGUGAGGGUCAAGUGGAGAUGAAGAUCUCUGGAGGCUGGAGAACUCUCUGUGCCUUCCAGUGGAAUAUGGCCAAUGCCAAUGUCGUUUGCCGUCAGCUGGGCUGUGGGGUUGCCAUCUCCACCCCAAAGGGAGCAUACUUUGUGGAAGGAGGAGAUGAGAUCUGGAGAGACCGAUUCCACUGCUCAGGGUCUGAGUCCUUCCUGUGGAAUUGCCCUGUGACUGCCCUGGGCGUUCCUGCCUGUGCCCAUGGAAACACAGCCUCUGUGGUCUGCUCAGGAAACCAGACCCAGCUGCUGCCCCAGUGCAAUGACUCCUGGUCUAACACAGCAGGCUCUGCAGCCUCAGAGGGCCACACUACCAACUGCUCAGACAGCAGACAGCUCCGCCUGGUGGAUGGGGGCAGUCGCUGCGCAGGGAGAGUGGAGAUCCUGCAGCAGGGCUCCUGGGGCUCCAUCUGUGAUGACAGCUGGGACCUGAGUGAUGCCCACGUGGUGUGCAGACAGCUGGGCUGUGGAGUGGCCCUGGAGGCCACCAUCUCUGCUCACUUUGGAGAGGGAUCAGGGCCCAUCUGGCUGGAUGAGCUGAACUGCACAGGAGAGGAGGCCCAUGUGUGGCUGUGCCCUUCCCAGGGCUGGGGGCAGCACAACUGCAGUCACAAGAAGGAUGCUGGGGUCAUCUGCUCAGAGUUCCAGGCCCUUAGGUUGGCGAGAGAGGAUCAGGAGUGUGCUGGGUGGCUGGAGGUUUUCUACAACAACACCUGGGGCAGUGUCUGCCACAGCCCCAUGGAAGCUGUGACCUUGUCCGUGAUCUGCAGACAGCUUGGCUGUGGGGACACUGGGACUCUCAACACUUCUGUUCCUCUCAGAGAAGGUUCUAGACCCCGUUGGGUAGAUGGAAUCCAGUGCAGGAAAACAGACACCUCUCUCUGGCAGUGUCCUUCUGACCCCUGGAAACAGAGAUCUUGCUCUGCAAAGGAGGAAGCUUAUAUCAUGUGUUCAGGAAACAGACCCAAGAGCUGUCCAGCCACUGCGCCCUGCACAGACAAAGAGAAGCUCCGACUCAGGGGAGGAGAGAGCGAGUGCUCAGGGAGAGUGGAGGUUUGGCAUGAAGGCACCUGGGGCACUGUGUGCAAUGACUCCUGGAGCCUGGCAGAGGCUGAGGUGGUGUGUCAGCAGCUGGGCUGUGGCUCUGGCCUGGAAGCCCCAGGAAAGGCUGCAUUUGGCCCUGGAAAUGGAAGCAUCUGGCUGGAUGAGGUGCAGUGCAGGGGCAAGGAGCGGUCCCUGUGGGCCUGUGCUGCAGCACCCUGGGGACAGAGUGACUGCAAGCAUGAGGAGGACGCUGGUGUGAGGUGCUCUGGAUCCAGGACUCAUGACUCUUUUUCUUCUUCAUGCACCAGUUCAGCCUCAGCCCCUGUCCCUGGCAUCUUCUUACCUGGGAUCCUCUGCAUGAUCCUGGGAGCCCUUCUCCUUUUUGUCCUCAUCAUCCUGGGAAUUCAACUGUUAAGAUGGAGAGCAAAACACCAAGCCUUAUCAACUUUUGAAGAUGCUGUUGGUGAGGUCCAGUACCAGGAGAUAGAUUACACCAUGAAUCCAGAGAAGGAGAGCCUGAUGAACAGCCCAGAACCUGGAGGACAGCAUGCAGUUGCCACAAGCAGUGGUUAUGAUGAUAUUGAAGAGAUACCUGUUCCUGAAAAUCCUUCUUCAUUUGGAAGGAAGGAGAAGAAUUUUUUCCCAGAAGAGGGAGGUGGUGCCAGGUGUUCUCAGACAGGCAUCUCUCCUCAGUCUCUCAAAGAAGCUGACAAUUCUAACAUGGAACAGACAGCAUCCUUAUUGGUCCUGAGAAAAGAAGACCCUGGAUAUGAUGAUGUUGAGCCUAACACCUUGUAG